AGCAAUACAUAUAUUUAACCAUGGCAACUGCUAAUUCUCACAUCCUCCUCCUCCUCGCCCUUGUCGCACUCACACCUUCCACCACCUCAGCUGCUGCAUCCCCAAACUUAGACUUAAACAUACACCAACUUCUCCAACUACUCGGAUUUCCACCCGGCCUUAUACCUGAUCCCGUCGAAGCUUUCGCUAUAUCCCCCGCAGGCCUUUUGCCACCCACCUUCAACUUCACCAUCCACUUUAAGGAACCAUGUUACGUACAGUACGUAAACUUCAAUUACUUCGCCCCGGUGUUUACCGGAAUAAUCACCUUCGGUAAAAUUUCCGGGAUGAUAGGCCAUAAGAAUCAAUUCCCGUCGGGCGAAUGGAUAGAUAUGUACGAUGUCACAAUGGUUGGCCAAAACCUCGUGUUCAAAUUUGCCACUGCAACUGUAACGUACGAUAGAGCGCAUUUUGAGGAGGUUAAGACUUGCACAGAUGGUCCUCUUAUUCCUGAUCACUCUAACCAACUCAUCUCUCAGCUUCCAAUCAGUGUAGAAUGAGUUGGUGAUCAUCGAUGUUUUGAGACUUUUGAAGUUGGGAAGUCUGGGGAUAAUAUAUAGCCUUUUCAAGUGUGUUGUAUGAAUAAAGUUCAGGUUAUGAACCUGAUUCGUUUUAAGAUUUCGGUUGUGUUGUAUGAAUGAAGUUUAGGUUAUGAACGUGUUUCGUUUUAAAAAUUGAUGAUAGCUACUACACCGAGGUGUUUCUGCUAA